AUGAAUGAGGACACUACAGUACCUGUUUUAAUUGUUGGAGGAAGUUUGGUUGGGCUUUCUGCUGCUAUGUUUUUGCUGGAUUUAAAUAUCCCUGUUAUAGUUGUAGAAAAGCAUGAUGGGUCUAUGAAACAUCCCAGGGCGAUAGGAUAUACACUAAGGACUAUGGAAUAUUUUAGGCUAUUAAAGAUAGUAAAUAAAAUUCCACAAACGCCUGAUUCUUUCAGGCUCGGAAGGGCCAAAGUUGAAAGUCUUGCAGGUAAGUGGCAGGAAGUAUCAUACUGGUCGUCGAAUCAGGAAGAAGAAAGAUCCAGGUACUCUCCAUGUAAUGGAGCCACUAUCGCUCAAGAUAAUCUUGAACCUAUGCUUAGAAGUAGAGCUAUGGAGCUUGGCGCUGAUAUCCGACAAAAUACAGAAUUUUUGAGCUACGAUGAGUAUGACGAAUGCAUUGUCGUGAAAAUGAAAGAUAGAUUGACAGGGAAAUAUUAUCAAAUCAAAACUAAAUAUUUAAUUGCAGCAGAUGGCAAUCGGACUGUAUUCAGAGACCUUCUAGAUGUAAAAUCUAAAGGUUGUGGAUUUAUAAAAAGAACUAAAAGCGUACUUUUUAAGUGUUCUCAAGCAGACGCCCUAUUAAAAGACAAUGUCUUUCAAUUUGAAAUCAAGCAGGAAAAUUUUCAAGGCUUUUUAACGACUUAUAAUGAUGGUAGGUGGGUUUUAUUCUUGGAUGACAAAGAGUAUACAACUGAAAUGCUUAAAGAAUGUAUCGAGAAUGCAAUCGGAAUAAGUGGCUUAGAAUUCGAAAUUAUCACAACCGGGAGCUGGGACUUGUCUGCCACCGUAUGUGAUUAUUUCAGUAAAGGCAACAUUUUCCUAGCUGGAGACGCAGCUCAUACUCUACCUCCUAACAGAGGUGGAUUUGGUGCUAAUACUGGUAUAAGCGAUGUAUACAAUCUUGCGUGGAAAUUGAAAUGUGUUCUCAAUGGACAGUCUUCCUCGAAAUUACUAGACUCUUACAAUUCUGAGCGCCAACCUAUUGCAUGGCUCAGACAUCAGCAAAUAUUUGCGAGACCAGAUUAUGCUAAGUACAAUUCAGAAAUUGCUAAAAAUGAACCUGUUUUAGACGAUAUCGCGUUGGAAUUGGGGGAAUUGGUACAAUCAAAUGCAGUUAUAGGAGACUUGGGUGACUCUCCUCUUGCUAUACAUCCUAAGGACUGGGCUGGUCGCCCUGGCAUUCGAGCUCCGCAUACCUGGGUAAUAAAAGAUGGAAAGGAGGUAUCAACUAUCGAUUUGUUCUACAGGGAUUUUAAGCUUCUUUCACAGAAUAUUAUAUGGAGUCAAGCCGUGACAUUUGUGAACGAAAAACUUCGGCUUGAUAUUGAUUUCAUUGAUGUGUCUACUCUUAAAUUCUUAGGGAAUGUUACUUUUGAAGACCUUUUCUCCAUUCGCAAACCGGGGGCUAUUUUGAUUAGGCCUGAUGGCGUCGUUGCCUGGAAGACGGAAGAAAUGCAAGAAAAUAUAGAAGAGACACUUCUCGAGGUAAUGAGGAAAAUAUUGUAUUUUGAGUCCCAGUAG